GACUGUGUGGAGACGUUAGCAGACAGCCAAUCAGGCCGCCUCCCUGCUCGGUUAGCACGGCUCUGGCAAAACAACAGCUCGCCUCGAUCCGUUUCCUGCUUCGCAGCCCAGCCACCGAUAAACCGAACGUCUGAAAUGUCAGACUAACCGGCGCACUUCUUUCUGGUUGGUGUUACAUUUGUUUUGGCGUUUAGUCUCGGCUGAAGGCAGGGGUGGUAGUCCGAGGUGCUGACGCGCAGUUAGCUGCUUCGCUAGCUGUAGCUAACAUCGGCGAUCCAGCAGAGAAAGAUGGGGUCCAUUCUGAGUCGCAGAAUCGCUGGUGUUGAGGACAUCGAUAUCCAGGCCAACUCGGCCUAUCGAUUUCCACCGAAGUCUGGGAAUUAUUUUGCGAGCCACUUCUUCAUGGGUGGAGAGAAAUUCGACACUCCACAUCCGGAGGGAUACCUUUUCGGGGAAAACAUGGACCUGAAUUUUCUUGGAAACAGGCCAGUGCAGUUUCCCUAUGUGACACCUGCACCCCAUGAGCCUGUGAAAACCCUCCGGAGUCUGGUUAAUAUUAGAAAGGACUCUUUGCGUUUGGUCAGGUAUAAAGAUGAUUCUGACACACCAGUGGAGGAAGGUGGUAAACCAAAGGUCCAGUAUGGUGUGGAGUUCACCUUUGAUGCUGAUGCUCGGGUGGCCAUCACCCUCUACUGCCAGGCAUUUGAGGAGUUCUCCAAUGGGAUGGCUGUGUACAGCCCAAAGGACCCAUCAAUGGCCUCUGAAACUGUGCACUACAAGCGAGGUGUGAGCCAACAGUUCUCCAUGCCAUCCUUCAAAAUAGAUUUCAGCGAGUGGAAAGAGGAAGAUCUGAACUUUGACCUCGACCGAGGAGUGUUUCCGAUGGUAAUCCAGGCUGUUGUUGAUGAAGGAGACGAUUGCCUUGGACAUGCUCAUGUGCUUUUGGCCGCCUUCGAAAGACAUGUCGACGGCAGUUUCUCCGUCAAGCCUCUGAAGCAGAAGCAAAUUGUGGAUCGUGUGAGCUACCUCUUGCAGGAGAUCUAUGGGAUUGAGAACAAAAACAACCAAGAAACGAAGCCAUCUGAUGAUGAGAACAGUGACAACAGCAACGAGUGUGUUGUUUGUCUGUCGGACCUGCGAGACACACUCAUCUUACCCUGCAGACAUCUGUGUCUCUGCAACUCCUGUGCCGAUACUCUGCGUUACCAGGCCAACAACUGUCCGAUCUGCAGGCUGCCCUUCAGAGCCUUGCUGCAGAUCAGAGCUGUGAGGAAAAAGCCUGGAGCUCUUUCUCCUGUGUCCUUCAGUCCUGUUCUGGCUCAGACUAUGGACCACGAUGAACACUCAAGCACAGAUUCAGUUCCUCCCGGCUUUGAACCCAUCUCGCUGUUAGAGGCUCUGAAUGGUCUGCGGUCGGCCUCUCCUGCCAUCCCAUCUGCCCCCCUCUAUGAAGAGAUCAACUUCUCAGGAGGACUCGGAGGUGAAAACAGACAGCUGAGCUCUCCGGAGCAUUUAAGCGAUGGGAGUCUGCAGAAAGGCAAAGUCAGCAAGUCACCAGACAGCACCCUGAGGUCAUCCUCACCCAUCCAGGAGGAGGAUGAAGAGAAGCUGUCCGAGAUGUCAGACGCUCAACCGCACACGCUUCUGUCCAGCAGCCCCGCCCCCAGCCAGGCCACAGCAGCUGAAGACGUGGCAGAAUCCCUGUCUCAGAUGACGGACAGGAUGCAUUCUGGAGGAGACAUCCUGCAGGACUGCAGCAGCGAACACAGCAGCUUGACCAAAACGGAGAGCGACCCGCCAGGAGACCUCUCACUGCCAGCUCUAGGUCCUGAUUCCUGCUCUAUUGGUAUGGAGGAAUAACUGGGUCUUCAGAAAGCCUGAAAAGUCAGAGCACAAACUGUUCCAGCCAGCCUCUCCUGUGUCCCACAAGCAGCC